CUUAUUGCGUCCUCUUCAAAGCAAACACAGAAGAAUGCGGGCUUGUUGACGUCAUUCGCACCAACUUGAAGUUAGCCCAAAGUAGAUUGCGGAGGGGCUGAAGAGCAAGCAUAACAACAAGCCCGGUGCCUUUUGUUGCGUUUCCCUUUAAGACCAGUGUUAAAAGAUGCGACGCGUCGAGCAUGUGCCGCACGCAUUCCAAGCACCGGUGGAUGUCCACGCCAGUGCAGAUGGCCAGGUGUACAUGUUCAAGAGGAAAGCCAAUGGCACGGCUGCAUCGUCAGAUGACGAGGAGGAGCUCGGUCUGAUGGAAAUGAGACCUAGGAUACUCCAAGAGACAGAGCAGGACAGGAUGGCUAAUUUCCACUUUUUGGAACGGGACUUACUGGACGACGACAAUCUCAACAAGCUGGCUUUGCAAUACGGAUGUAAGGUGGCAGACAUAAAGCGAGCGAACAACCUUAUACAGGAGCAGGAUUUAUUUGCACUGAAAAGCAUCAAAAUUCCAGUUCCGAAGCACAGCUUUUUAAUGGAAUCAAUCACAGAUAUGAGUGACUCCUUAGAGGAAACACCAGUCAAGGUACAGCCGCAUAGAAAACAAGUUAUGGACUUCCUCAUUGAAGUGGACAACGACACGGAGAAGCUGAUCCCUCCCACAGAUGACUGCGACGUGGACCUGUUGGACGUUGGACCCAAAGGGUCCACCCUCAAAGGACACAAGGGCCAGGGAGCAGACUGGGGCAUCCAGUGGUGGAACGCCGUGGUGGCCAUGCUGCUUAUAGGAAUUGUCCUGCCCUUGUUUUACGUCAUUUACUUCAAAACCAAACACAGCGGAGGGGCCGCGUCAGAGGAUGGCACAGUCACGUCGUCCUUUGUCACGUCUAACAACACCUUUGGUACCGGUGGACCUGAGCCAGGAUAGAGCACGUCGAUUGAAUUGCACUAUGCUGAAUGUCUUGAAAUGUGCAAUACUUGCCUCGUCUAAUGUGGGAGUUGGCCUUUAACUAAUUGGCUGCCAUUGAUGGCGAUGGACGUCCAAUACAUUUAGACAGAGGGCUAGCAGCGACCCCUAGUCCAAAUGCCUUGGACGUCCAUCGAACAUCAAUAGCAUUGUUAUAUUGAUCGUCAAAUUCGUCAAAAACAUUGUCUAAAAUUUAUUUUGCUCCAUGUGUGUUUUUUUUGGUAACUUGUUUAAAAAGUUUUUUUUUACUUUACAUUUCUAAAUUAUCAUAGUCAAUCCAAAACACAUCUGCAGCUGCAGUAUUCAUCGUAUUUCCAGUUCACUCUUCUAGAAUUAUCAUUAUAAACCCAUUUUACAACUUAAACCUUGAAGUUAAUGGUUUACACAUCAUUUGCAUGUACAGUGAAUGUGGUGAACGUCCACUAAAUUCCCUUACAUGCAAAACUCAGUGUUACUUUGACAUACUUAAUUUAGAGCAAACUGCUACCUUCUCAUUUCAACAUGGCAUUGGCUGCAUCUUGGGUCAGUAGAGAAAGAGCACAAAAGCUGCAAAUAAGUUUUUCAGCAUAUAGUAAAACACUCAAAUUGUUGAAUAGUGAACUGCAAAUUUGAAAGGAAUACUGUAACUAGACAUGUUCUCUCAUUUAUAGACAGUUGCGUUUAUUAGGUUUGACUUAAAACUGCUGAAUGUUAUGUGUGUUGUCUUUUCAGCUAAUUAAUGGGAGGUUAUGUUAAUGUGUGUCAAGAGUCCUGAUUCUGACCCAGUUUUCAGACUGGCUUUUUUUUUUUUUUUUUUUUAAAUCAACGUUGCAGUGAC